AUUUAAGGCUACAACUUCCAUAAUGCCACUCAGCAUGAUGAGAGAGCACAUUCGAUACAUUCGAGAGGAUGACUUCGUGCCCGGGCCUCAGACUUACGACAAGCGCGGUUAUAUUUUACGAGGGUCAAUUCGAACUGAUGGGUUUCGUCUCCAAUUGCUAGCAUUCAAAUUGAACGAACUCAAUGCGGUAAAAUAUCGGCGACUUCCCGAGGAAAGAUUACCUUGUAGAAUCAAUUCCACUCUUGGCGGCACAGACUAUUUCUUGACCGAGAUAAGGAAUGUAGUGAGUACUAAGCAAGAUAUCACCGACCUUUGGGGCUGCAAGCUAGAAGAAAUCAAGAUUUUAGGUCUAGAUUUAGGGCAGUCUUUCAUCGUCGAAGCAAGCGCGUUGUUACCAAGUACUGAGCUCACCAACACGGCGACCCAGACAUCCAGAUUUUACAACUUGGCCGUCAAGCAGAAGGCAGCGUACUAGCCCACUCUCAAAUACCGACAUUGGAUGGAGCGGCGGAAGGCAGCAGCGGUCUACGGUUCACAGUCCAUUAGUGACAUUGGGGGUAGCCUACCUUCUCUUCGUGGAAAUGAUUCAAGCAUAAAAAACUACAUUGAGAAGCUUAGAGACGUGGAGAAAGACCUAGAUUCCUUCUAUAGCAGCAACAAUGUCAUCAAGAAACAUAGGUGGGAUGCGAAAAGGGCCCGGGUUGAAGAAUACAAGAAGAUUGCCAACAGUCUGCUCAAGAUGGUUGGCGGGUCAAUUGGAACGAAGGUAAAUGAAGGAGAUAAGGUGGUGAUCGGAGUGGGUCUUGGCAAGUUUUCGUCUAAUACCAGGCUGUCUUCGUUACACGAAUCAUUCCAAUCGUAUUUUGUGAAUAAGGCCCGAUCUCUUGGGUACAUCGUUGUUGGCGUAAACGAAUACUACACCUCAAAAAAAUGUCCUAUCUGUCAAGAAUUUGUUGGUCAGGUUGAGAUCUGUCGACUGUAUUGCAGCAGCUGCAAGGCAUUUAUGCACAGAGACAUCAUGGCAGGGCAUAACAUAGCCAACAUUGUCCAAGGUCAUCUUCUUUAUCAAGAACGACCAUCCUACCUUGUGCCAAACAAAAAUAAGAAUAUUUCCAUGGAGAGUGGAGAAAAGAGAGCGAUCAAGCGACAGACGCCGACCGAGCAAGGAGAGGAGCCUAGAGGUAGCAAGAGAAUUCACAUUGAGCAUAUGUAGCUCACAUAGUUUUACAUAGUAUAGACAAUAUCUGCGUGUCAGCAAACACGCUAGUCUAGUUCGGAGUGCAGGCGUCGAGGACCAUUUACGUGACUGUUUUCAGUGAUGUAAUAGGGCCAAGAUUGUGCUGUACUCUUUAAAACGAUUUUCAGAACACGAUUAAAU